UGUCAGACUCUGUUCUGUGCGUGUGAGCUGGGUGUGUUUGAGCAUCUGCAGGGCUCUCAGUCGUCUGCGUCUGAUCUGGCUCUGGCUCUGGGCUGCAGUGAGGAUGGCAUCGAGCGUCUGCUGAACACCUGUGUGAGUCUGGAGCUGCUGACCGCAAACACUGACCCCCAUGGAGCAGUUCUGUACAGUAACACAGAGAUGUCCAGCAUGUUCCUGCUCAAGUCCAGCCCGAGGUCUCUGUGUCAGUCGAUCGAGUACAGCUCCAGAACCAUCUACCUGUGCUGGCAUUACCUGAGCGACGCCGUCCGAGAAGGGAAGAACCAGUAUGAGAAGGCUUUCGGCGUGAACUCCAAAGACCUGUUUGAAGCCAUGUACAGGUCUGAUGAGGAGAUGGUGAAGUUCAUGCACCUGAUGAACUCUAUCUGGAACAUCUGCGGCCGUGAUGUGAUCACAGCGUUCGAUCUGUCGCCGUUCAGAUGCAUCUGUGAUCUCGGAGGCUGCAGCGGCGCUCUGGCCAAACAGUGUGUGUUGGCCUUCCCCGAAUCCACCGUCACCAUCUUUGACCUUCCCAAGGUCGUGAGAACAUCCCAGCAGCACUUUGUGUCCAAUCAAGAUGAGCGGAUCUGCUUCUGUGAAGGAGACUUCUUUAAGGACGAGCUCCCGCAGGCCGAUCUCUACAUUCUGGCCCGGAUUCUGCAUGACUGGACUGACCAGCGGAGUGUGGAGCUGCUGGCCAAGAUUUACCAGUCCUGUAGACCAGGUGGAGGUGUGCUGCUGGUGGAGGCUCUGCUGUAUGAGGAUAACAGCGGUCCUCUGACGGCGCAGCUCUACUCUCUGAACAUGCUGGUGCAGACGGAGGGUCGUGAGCGCAAGGCUUCAGAUUACAGUCGUCUGCUGAGCGCUGCUGGAUUCACACACAUCCAGAUCCACAACACCGGCAAGAUAUACGACGCCAUCCUGGCCCACAAAUAAACACACCAUGUGUCAUGAAGCUGAAAUGUUUUUUACCUCCGUCUGUUUUCAGGCUUUAACAGAUGAGUGACUUCAUUUACCGUGUUGUACAUUGUUCAGGUUGUUCAUGUAAGA